AUGGGUGUAGGCAUUGAUGAGGAGCCCAUGCCCGAAGUCCACGACCUCAUCAACAUCAAAAUUCUGAGGAUGCUCCUCAAGGAUUCCCCACAUUGCCCGGAACUGCCAACAAAAAGACCUGUGAUUGAUUUGAAUACGCCGCAGGAACCCAGACCAAAAAGAAGAAAAAGAGAAGAUAGGGGAAAAGAGAGGGUACAUGAGUCACUGGUGCAUGAUCUAAAGCCCAUAAACACUCUUCCCUUAGUCAUCAGAUCUCCGAGCCCUCCAAGCCAGCCAGCACAAACCUCCUCCCCUCUUCGUGAACCGAUUACCAAUCUUCCUCUUAUCCCCAACUCUUCUNGCAUUCCUAUUGAUGUGGGAAGGUUGAUCAUAGGGCAGAUCAAAGCACUAGUGGGGCAUAAACGGGGGCAAUAUUUCUUUCCGUGGAUCGUCUCAGAGCCCUUAAACCCUCUUCCCUUAGUCAUUAGAUCUCCAAACCCUCCAAGCUCGCCAGCGCAAACCUCCUCCCCUCUUCGUGAACCGAUUACCAAUCUUCCUCUUAUCCCCAACUCUUCUAUUCAGCCAGCAGCCCCACCUUCACCAACAAAUUCAUCACUACAUCCCACUACCCCAUCACUGCAAGUUAAUGACCCACACGCUUUGGGUGAAGGCACAUCUGCCCAACCUCAAAAUGGUGCUGGCGAGACUUCGUAG